GGUAUGUUUGGCUUGGCUUUGCUUCAGUUUCAUAACUUUAUAAAGUGAGUUUGUUGUAGUGUUCAGUUUCUAAUAUUGAAACACGAGAAGUUAACUGAAGAGCAAGAGGUAAAAAGAAGGAGCUCUGGCGGUUUGAAGGAGAAAAAGGAGCCGUUUGUCUUGUGAAGAGGAGGAAGUAGAAGAAGAGGAGUGGGCGGGGCAAGAUGAUGGAGGAGGUGGAGCAGAGAGGAGGCGACAGCCUGGCGUCCGGUGUCACAGAGGAGGAGACCACUCCCACGGAAGCAAACAGUAACUGCAACCACACAGACAACAGUGUCACUUCCUGUCCAGCUGAAGCCGCGUCUGAGGUCACCAUGGAAACCGAGCAGAACAAAGACCUUCCAGUGACACCAACAAGUGGACCCAUAGUGGUUCAAGGCAACAACAAGAACCCAGCCAGUGAGAAGCUGCAGAGAGUCCGCAAGUGGAGCAUCACCACCUACAAGUGCACCCGGCAGGCUCUUUCAGAGAAGCUCGGUCGUGGAUCUCGUACGGUGGAUCUGGACCUGGAGCCUCGCCUCGAGCUGCUCAAAGACGACCGAGAGCGCUACGAAAACGUGACCAAGCUGGCUCAGACGCUGACCAAUCAGCUCGCUCAGUUCACAGUUACCCAGAAGACCCUGGGGGACGCCUUCAGCGAGCUCAGCCUCAAAACACCAAAACUUCAUGUGGAGUUUGGUGUGAAUGCGGAUGCUCAGAAGUUUCUGUCUAAGAGCGGUGAGACUCUGGUGGAGGCCAUUAAAGCCUUCACGUUCGACAUGAACACUCUGGUCAACAAAACCAUCGAGGACACCAUGAUCAACGCCAAGAAGUACGAGGCUGCCAGGAUCGAGUAUGAUGCAUACCGGGUCGACCUGGAGGAGCUGAACCUGGGGCCCCGGGACGCCGUCACCCUGCCCAAACUGGAGCAGGCCCAGAAAGACUUCCAGAGCCAGAGGGAGAGGUACCAGAGGAUCAGAGACGACCUGUCCGUCAAAGUCAAGCUGCUGGAGGAGAACAAGGUCAAAGUCCUCCAUAACCAGUUGUGGCUGCUCCACGGCGCCGUCGCGGCUCACAGUUUAUCGUGUCACAGCUUCCUGGAGCAAAACAUCAAGCAGGCCAGCGAACACCUCAGCAGCCCUGACGUGGUCGCCCCCUCCUGGCUGGAAGAAAGUUGACACAGCAAAAACCUGAAGUGGUCGCACUGCAGGUGACAGAUGCGGGUCUGGACGAUGUUCUGGGAUUAAUGGACUAUUGUGGAAACAGUUAGGGAGGGUGUUGUUAGCAGGACGGUAGUUUAUUUAUACCAGAGUGGAGCUGCAGUUUGUGGGUUUGAUAGAUUUCCAGCAUCUGGAAAGCUCUGGAAAACCGAGUGUUCGACAGAGAAACGUUGAAUUGGAUGGUUUGGAGGGAAACUGUCUUUUCAAACUGUCACCUCAUUCACAGACAUACAGAGCUUGUGACUUCUGACCUGUUUAACAGAAACACACACAUAUGUGCCCCUUCUGGCUCUCUUUCUGCCUGUGUUGCAGAGUAAAUCCAUCUAAUCUUCUGUGAGGCACUAAGCCUUUCUUUGAACUUCAACAGUCCUCAGCCACUGCAGUCAGGAACUCACAGCCACCAAAAGUGCCUCAAUACCACUGCAGGAAAACAGCUUCACUGUCCACAGAGGCUGGUACGACCCAGAGCUCUGCAGCCAGGCUCGGCUUCCUAAAGUCACUUCUGUUUUGGAUCUGGGUCCAGGUUGAUGAAAUUCCUGUACUCUUGAGUAUUUUCGUCUUCUCAUUCUUUUUUAUUAGUCAAAAAAAUUAAACAUUCAGGUGGCAGUUUCACAUUUUUGUCCGCUAAAAUGACAAAUGUUGCUGGUGGCAGAUCCUAUUAAAGCGAGGCUAAUUAAUGUUAAUUAAGUAAACUUCACUGUUCCCUGGUCUUUUUGUUCUCUACACACUGGUGUUUGUUAUUAGCCAGAGAUUAUUUGUGAGGUAAAAGAAGCACGUGUCAGUAUCACUAUGCUUGUAGUUCAACAAGACCAACAGUGUGAUGAACAAACUGCUGUGCUCAUCACAUCGAUUUCAAGUGUCUGAAUCUCCUGGUUAAACUUUAUUCCAUAUCAUACCAGUCAUUUAUUCCCACCAACAAAACCAGUUACAAGUUGGCUGCUGGUCAUUUCCGUCUUUGGUUUACACAACAAGAAGCACAGCAACAUGCAACAACUGAUAAUUUGUGAGAAGCUAAAAACGUUGCUCUACGUUGAUGAUGGUGCCUUGUUCAUUGAUACAGACCGGAUGGUUGUAGCCAGUCUUUCAGGCGCCGUUUCAUCAAUAGCCAAAUUUCAAAUGUUUCUUUACAUUCUCUCCUUUCAAACCCUAUAUCGUCACUGCUGCUUUAAAACAUGUCACUGUUCACAAUGCUGCAGCAGCAUGCCGCAUGUUAAGGGAAGAUUUGGGUGAUUAAUGGAUGCCUACCCUUAAGAUGAAGUUGCUAGCCACAGAUUUAGUUACUGCAGCACUCUUUCAGACGCUCGCACGGUUCACUGCUGGUCAUUUCCUUCUCUGGUUUACAUGAGAAGACACUCAGCAGCCUGUUGGCACAGAUAACUUCUGACUAACCAGAAAAUGUUGCAGUAUGUCGAUGAUGUUGCCUUGUUCGUUGGUGAAGAAGUUUGGUUGUAGUCGAUCUUUCUGGCAACAUUUCACCAGUACCCAAAUCUGAAGUGUUUAUUUAUAGCCUCUCUUAUUUAACCGUGUGAUAUCAUUUGUCUGUAUUACACUAUUUAAGUUCAAACCUCAACCACCACCUCAUAUACAUUUUUUAAACUCAAGCUAAAACUGUCUCCACCACCCACAGUGGUUCUCAUUGUGCUCCAGUUACACUCCAGUUACAUUCCGGCUAAUAGACAGCUAACAUUAAUUUUAUUGGAAAGCUUCACAGAAAAAAACAAAUUAACUGGCCAGUCAAGUGAGCUAAUUUUCCACCACUCGAGAAGGUGGCUCAUUCUCCUCCAUGAUUUUCUUGUUGGCUGCUGGUCAUUUUCUCCUCUGGUUUAUGUCGAGACCAAUAAUUUGUACAAACCAAGAAAUGUUGCUAUAUGCUGAUGAUGAUGCCUUUGUUGAUAAAGGCUGAUUGGCUUUCCGGAUGAGGAAAUGCUACCGACAUCCAACCAAAUUAUUAAUGAUUAUGGCCUGCCCCAUGAAGGACUUCAUUAUCUAUGAGUCUUAUAAAUAAAAAAUAUAGUUUUUGAAUCAGUUUAGCUGGAAAUAGUAUGUGUUGUAAAAGCCUUAGAGUUAUAUUCAGUUUAGUUGAAAAACUGCAUAAAUUUGUAUGUGUUUUUUUAUUUUCUUCUGAUCGAGACCAAAGGUUUGGUGGCUCUUCUGCUCAUCAUGAUAACCAUUUAGUGGACAAACUGACAGAAAGGUCAGCUUUUGUUAAGUUGAGGUCAACGACCUUUUGAUUAAACCCUGUGGUGAAUUUGAAGUCGUUGAAUUGAACUUCGUCAUGAUGUAAAAUGUUACUGUUGUUUUGUCCUCGCACUCUUUGCACUCUAUCCAAAGCAUAAUCUGCCUGAAACAUUUCCUGUGAUGCUCUCUACGCAGUCACUCCUUUCACACUGUUCUCUUUACAUGUAUGAAGUGUUUUUGUUUGUGUCACUGUACCUCAGGCCUCACAGCAAGAAUCAACUAUGCAAAGACUGUGGAUGCUUUUGUGCAAUAAUGUCUCUAAAGCCUCACCUUAAAUAUUUUGUAUGUACGCCGCUAAUGUCCCACCUGUAUUGAAUGUUGCCUUAAAGGGAAAAUCCACUCAAUUAAAAAAUGAGAAACUGACGUCAGCUCCAAGUACAGUAUAUUUAAAUCAAGAGGAAACACAACAGGGUUUAACUGGAAACUGGAAACUUUAGAUUUUAAAAGUUUUAUGUCAAGGUGAUAGAAAGAUAAAAUGUUUUGUGAUCCCAUUCUGUUUUGUUUGAGAUCACUAUGACGACUUUGAAUUAGAAAUUUGAAUUACAAAGUUCAUUCUUGGCAGCACUAAAGAAAUCUUGACUCAAGGUCCACUUGCUCGCUUUUUUCCAAAACUUUCACCUGCACCUUCCUCAACGCAUCGACAGAAAAUUAAAUAGUGAAAAAAGUUAAUGGAGUUCAGACUCUGUCCAUGUGAGAUAUGGUUGAAAAUAAAUAAAUAGAUAAAUGGUGUGUGGUAGAAGACUGUUAUUGACCUGUGAUAUGUUUAAUGUAAUCAGAAGAAAUGAUUCAGUUUGAAAUGAGACCUUUUUUUUUUUACAAAAACCAAACCAUAAUUAAAAUCAUUAUAAGGUGUGUUGGAAACGACAGCUGAAGGAAAGUUUUGUCAGUGUUGUAGUGUGUUUUCUCCAGCAGCAUCACUGCCAACAAACGUUUGAUGAAAUCCUCUCAGACAUGAACUGCUGACCCCGGACCAGUCUGCAAACGACCUGCAGGUCAUUUCUGCCAGACAAGAAAAAAAUAAAGGUUAAAGAUGAAUUAGGACCAAAAUGUGCAUAAAUACCAAAUCAUUUUAGUCUUGGUGGAAACGUUUGUAUGACAGAACUGCAGAAUAAAUCUAUUGAGAGUAAACAUGUGGCUGAUUGUCUUUGUGAAAAGC